UUUGCUUCUUUGGUGUUAUACAUUUAUAUCUUAAAUAUGCAUUUCAAAGGCAGCUUUUUGUUUUUAUCAGCAGUGGUUUUGGUUGUGCUGUCAACAUCUACAGGCGUUAAUGGAGAGCAAGAUAAAGAACUACCCAGAGGAGGAGAUUACAUUGAACCUAGUCAACCUAAUACCCAGUCACCUUCACAGUUUACUUUUUCUGGUGGACAAUCUGGUGGAACAAUAAAUAAUCCUUCAGUACCAACAGCUACUGGUAGUUUUACAUUUCCACAACCUUUAUCAUCUACCGUUACUCCCGCAGCUUAUCCUUGGCCAAGCCGGCAUAAUAAUCAAUAGUAAGUACUCCGCUGGAUUCUAUCUACCCUCAGAUUCGCACCGAAAAAUUGUUUUCAAGUGAUUUUGAUGGACACUGAUUAAAAACCCCUGAUAUAACAAAACCUCUGCCUAGAACUUGAAUUUUCUCAAUAAGUAUUAAACAGAAAUAUUUAGUUUUAUUAAAAUUUUUCAAUUUAACUCUCCACAAUAGUCGAUACCAAUUUUUAUGAAAAAUUGUGUAAACU